AUGUCCCUGCCCAACCCGCUCCCAACCCUCCCCCUCGGCUCCUCCGGCCCCUCCAUCCCCGCCAUGUCCAUCGGGAUGAUGUCCCUGGGCCACGCGUACGGCUCUGCGGGCGACGACACGGAGCGUCUCGCGUUCCUGGACGCCGUGUACGGGCUCGGCGCGACGCACUGGGACGACGCCAACAUCUACGGCGACACCGAGACGCUCCUUGGGAAAUGGUUCACCGCGAACCCGGACAAGCGCAGGGACGUGUUUUUGACCACCAAGUUCGGGUUCGCCGGCCAGGACGACCAGGGCAACUAUAUCAUCAGAAGUGACCCGGAGAAUGUCCGGAGCUCUUGCGAGGAUAGUCUGGGCAAGUUGAAGAGCGGGUGGAUUGAUUUGUAUUAUUGUCAUCGCGUGGAUGGGAAGACGCCCAUUGAGGAGACGGUCAAGGCCAUGGUCGAGUUGAAGAAGGAAGGCAAGAUCCGCCACCUCGGCCUCAGCGAAGUGACCGCCUCAACCCUGCGGCGCGCGCACGCCGUGCACCCCAUUUCCGCACUGCAGAUCGAGUACUCGCCCUGGGCAUUGGAGAUCGAGACCAACGGCGUCCUGGACGCGUGCAAGGAACUCGGCGUCGCCGUGGUCGCUUACUCGCCGCUGGGCCGCGGGUUUCUGACCGGAACCAUCAAAUCCGCCGCCGACGUGCAGGGCGACUUCCGCGCGUUACUGCCCCGUUUCCGUCCCGAGAACUUUGACAAGAAUCUCGUCCUGGUGCGCAAGUUGGAGGAAAUCGCCGCCAAGAAGCGCGUCUCGACCAGUCAGCUUGUGCUCGCGUGGUUGAAGCGCCAGUGGCCCCGGGGGAUUCACCUGCUUCCCGGAACGAGGAGCGUGGAGCGUGUCAAGGAGAAUCUUGGGGCACUGUUUGUCGAGGUCGAUGACGAUGAGGAUAGAGCGAUUCGCAAGGCGUGUGAGGACUGUACGGUCGUGGGCAUGAGGUAUCCUGAGGCUAUGGCGAGUUUCCAGGUCGGGGAGACGCCGGAGUUGAAGUAG